AUGGCUCUCACCGGUAAGUUGGUAACCCAAACAGAGAUCAAGUCUGAUGGUGAUUUGUUUCAUGAUAUGUUCAGAAAACCACACCGCAUAUCCAACAUCUGCCCUGAUAAAGUUAAGGCUGUUGAUCUGCAUGAAGGUGAUUGGGGAACUGUAGGCUCCGUCAUCAGCUGGAAAUAUGUCCACGAUGGAAAAGAAAAAACUACAAAGGAGAUAAUCGAAGCUGUAGAUGACGAAAAGAAAUCAGUGACUUUCAAGGUAAUUGAAGGAGAUCUCACUGAGAUGUACAAGAGCUUUAUUUUUAUUGUUCAUGUCGAUGCUAAGGGUGAAAGUAACCUUGUGACAUGGACUCUCGAAUAUGAGAAGCUGAACGAGGAUGUCCCUGAUCCAGCUACAAUGAUGAACACUUUAGUUAUUAUGACUAAAGAUAUUGAAACUUAUCAUCUCCAAAAGUAGCCACAAAGUGUCAUGGAUUGGUGCU